AUGAAAAUGGAAAAGCGUAACAAUGAGAGGCCCUACAGUAGCACCGGGAUCGGUGCCGGCCGAAGCGCCGUAACGGGUUCGCAGAUUGUGGCUCCAGCAAUUGCUGACGAAGAGAGAUCGUCCUGCUUUUGCUUCGAAAGUGAUGACGAUAGUACAGAAAAGAUUAGACUAAAGUACACCAAAAGGAAACUUGCCAGGGGAUGUCUCAGCAACAUGACAAUAUGCCUCAUCCUCGUCGGCUACACUUUCCUAGGAGCUAUAAUAUUCUUGGCAAUUGAAGGUGGUUCAGUAUUUUAUGCUAUGAGCUAUAAAAAUGUAGGACCAACAUUUGCCAGCGUCUCCCCAAGAUUCAACAGUUCUUCCUGGCUGGAGAGGCUGGGAGACGAACCAAGAUCCAAAACUGUGGAAAAUAUAUGGGAAAUUACUGUCAGUCUCAACAUACUCUACAAAGAAAACUGGACGCGCUUGGCGGCUCAGGAGAUUAACAGGUUCCAAGAGACUCUUGUCAAACGAAUCACGGAGGAGAUAUCUUAUCACGCUCAACCAGCCAAUGAAUUGAAGCAAGCCGAAAAAGUGGAAUGGACGUUGGGUCGAGCUUUCCUCUACUCCCUGACUAUCUUGACUACUAUCGAUUCGCAGGAUCUUUUGAAAUUUUCCUGCCGCUCUCAUACAUAUCAAAGAGUAAUUAUCCAUUUCGCUAAACCGAGAAAAUGA